CGACAAGACAACCUAAAGGUCAGUCACAUCAACGGGAUAACACGAUAUUUGAUUUUGAUGCCUUUCAAGGCUGAUCCCCCGUCCUUUCAUUUCAUCUCGGGCAAUCAAACCUCUCCACACUCAAGAAAGCAAGCAAAACACCUCGGACACUUUCCCCAGAACCACUCACCGUACUCCUUUGACAGCUGAGAGUGGAAGAGCCCCCGCUACAAGGCCCACCAACUUCUUGACGGCUCCACUAGAUUUCCGUGAUUUUAUUCUAUCCCCAGCAUGGAGACGUUGUUGUUGUGAUAGCCCGCCAAACACACAAUCGUGGAAGGCGCAUAUUGGACUCUUGAUCCACAAACAAAAUAAAGCUGCAUGGGGUUUUCUCGCUUUUUGUCAUUGCAACUUUUCCCUCAUUUUCGUUCUUUUUCUUCUUCUUCCUUUUUUUUUUCUUUUACUUUGCUCCCGAAACGAGGACAUCGGAAAACAUCAUUCAUUCUCCAACGGUUAAACAUUUCAUUGACUUGAACACCAGCCACUACGAAGAAACCUCGCGCGAGAAGCAGAUAAACUUGGAAGGCACUCAGUUUCGCCAAAUAAAAUUCUGUUCACCAUCUUCAAAGAGAACCUCCCACUUGGACGGUUGACAGCGCAGACGGCACCAUUGAGAUUGCUACCACCCUGUUUGGUACCCAACAGGCAGAAAACGACCUGAGUCAGUGGUUUCCAGCCGCAACUUCUAGCUGAACCAAGAUACCACCACGACAACCCCAAGAUACUACGCACACCCGGCCGUGGUAGCUCCUUUGACAAACCUACCAACCUUCUUGCGGCGGCUUGGGCAUUCAAGCUGCCUCAGUAUCCAUUUUGCGCUUAGCCAUCGAUAUUUCUCGAGGGGAGAGAUUUUGAGGACAGCAUCAACAGCGUGCAGUUUGGCAGCAAGUUCCAUCAUGUCGAGCUUCAUCCCCUCGUCGUUUCGGCCGUCGCCAGGCUCGGGCACACUUCGCCACGGAAGAUUCGAUCGCUACCAUAUGGACGACAAGGGCAAAUCAGCCAGAUCAUCGCCGCAUCGUAACGGUCACUACCAAGAUCACGAAGAUGAUGACGAGCAGUUUGUCAUGUCUGCUGCAGGCACACCAAUCAAAGAGGAAACGCCCAAGCUAAACGCCUGUCGACAAAGUAAUCUGGCUAGCUCGUGGGCAAGCUUCGAAUCUAAAGAUUCUGGAGACUCGAAGACAAAUUCUGAUGAACUGCAGGGAACCGCCUCAGAGAUGACAAUCGGAAAAUCAGACGCGGAUAUGGAACGCAGUCACCCGAUUGCUAUCGAGAUGCCGACGAAGCGGAUGGUCGGGAAGCAGCAGGCGCCAACUCCGACGGCGCCGUUAUCAGCACGGGGAGAUUUGCCAGGGGGCUACUUUCCUGAACAUGAGGAUCGGAAGCGUGUUCAUCGUACCCACCCUUUUCAUGCAGAUAUCAAGGAAGCCCGGAAGAAAUCGAUUGCCAGAGCUGGGGUGGACUGCAGCCCAGAGAUUGGAGAUAACCUACAGAGGCACGGCAAUUCAUCCAACUCCUUAUCCUCAUCGGUAACUGCCGGACUGGCUUCUCAAGCUGGCGGGUCCGGAAGCUCCGGUCUCAUCAGUGUCAUGGCGGCAAAGAGUCAUUCUUCGUCGUUCGAUACCUCUAGCUCCCCAUCGAUUUCCGCGUACAACCCUACUGGUGCCGACGACAACCUGCUGCCGAUGGGCAAAUAUUAUCCAACAAACUGGGAGGCCCGCAAGAAAGCGAAACGGGCGAAGCAAGCAUCAUCAAAGGAGCAACCACAUCAUGGAGGAGCAUCUCCCGACGGUUACUUUCCCAAGCAGCAUAGCCCUUCGAUGUCACCUAGCGUCGCAUCUCCCUCAUCAUCGGUCAUGUCAAAACCCGAGAACCCCGCAGUAACGCGGGCGAAAGCACCUCAGCUAAAAGGCCACAGCCGGUCUGACUCCGAAGCCAGGCGCCGUCUGCAGCAAUACCAGCGCGAUAUGAUCACACAGACCAGCCUAGGCGCUCACAGGGUACUCGGCACUCAGAUCCAACAGCUUGGUGCAGAUGAAGUUUUGCAGGCGCUUAAUCAGCUCCCGGCUCUUCAUAACCUGCACCUACCUCCCAGGUCUCGCGGGGAUGUCUCAUCGGGAACAUCACAGCUGCCCGCCAGCGCACUUGCGGGGAGCUAUCUUACGGCUGUUCAGUAUAAUAUCAUGUCCAAGCCGGCCUCGCCUCGCUUACAACCUCUUGGAAGCCCUGGUGGUCCCGUGACACCCAUGGAUCUUAGUUCAGCCUCCGAUGAUAAGAGCUUGGGGGCGACAGGAAGACCAAGGAUGCCGGCCACCAUCAACACAGCACCAGCUCGCGAUCGACGACAUAUAAGUCAAGGAUCCUUUCCUUUUGGACAAGUGGAUUCAUAAACCCAACUAUUUUGAUAUCGACACACGGUUGGAGAAGGCACAUGAAGCAAUGCAUGCAUAUUGGUCAUAGAGGAGUUCUUUCGUUUUCCUGCACAUAUUUCAGUCAGUCUUGGUCUUUGAGAAUGGACACAGCCCCUUGUAUCUUGAUACCCCACUUGAAUUUACCAUGGUACUCCUUUGUAGAGUUUAUUUGCACUAUGCCUUGACUUUCUUAUUUUACACUAUGAUCUUAGAUACCCUCACUCCACUCAUUUGUCUGAGUAUUUGGAUCAACACACAAGACCGAGCUCACUUGGCACAUCGGACACCCUCCCCUCAUUUCUCAACCUCAAGUGUGCAUGAUAGACAGAACAUAGGGGCCUUUGGGAGUACAUGACGUUGAAUGAAUGAGAAACAUGAUACCGGAUGAUAGACGAAGAAUACGAUAGACUAGAGAAAUGGAACCUACUCCGCUUCAGAGACCGAAAGCCACUCGAGUCGGCACAGGCAACA